GGCGGGGCUUCCGGCUGUCGCGGCCCCGACUGGCCGGGCGGAAUCGGUGGCUGCGGCAGGAUACCGUGGGUUGGCCAUGGCUGCCAAUCUGAGCCGGAACGGGCCAGCGCUGCAAGAGGCCUACCUGCGGGUGGUCACCGAGAAGUCCCCGACCGACUGGGCUCUCUUUACCUAUGAAGGUAACAGCAAUGACAUCCGCGUGGCUGCCACUGGAGAGGGUGGCCUAGAAGAGAUGGUGGAGGAGCUCAACAGCGGGAAAGUGAUGUACGCCUUCUGCAGAGUGAAGGACCCUAACUCUGGCCUGCCCAAGUUUGUCCUCAUCAACUGGACGGGCGAGGGUGUGAACGACGUGAGGAAGGGAGCAUGUGCCAACCAUGUCAGCACCAUGGCCAGCUUCCUGAAGGGGGCACACGUGACCAUCAAUGCCCGGGCUGAGGAGGACGUGGAGCCCGAGUUCAUCAUGCAGAAGGUGGCCAGGGCCUCUGGCGCUAACUACGCCUUCCACAGGGAGAGCAGUCGCUUCCAGGACACAGGUCCCCAGGCCCCCGUGGGCUCUGUGUACCGGAAGACCAAUGCUGUGUCUGAGAUUAAAAGGGUUGGAAAAGACAGCUUCUGGGCUAAAGCCGAGAAGGAGGAGGAGAACCGCAGGCUGGAAGAACAGCGGCGGGUGCAGGAGGAGCGGCAGCGGCUGGAGCAGGAGUGCCAGGAGCGGGAGCUGCGUGAGGCCGCCCACCGUGAGCAGCGCUACCGGGAACAGGACAGUGAGCCCAGCCUUCAGAGCAGGAAGUGUGAGCAACAGGAAGUGGUUUCGAGGAACAGAGAGGAGCAGGAGCCUGUCUCCCAGCAGCCGGCAAACCCACGGGAGCUCUUCAGGCAGAAGGAGAGGUCCAUGUCCACCACAUCCAUCUCCAGCACCCAGCCAGGCCGGCUGCAGAGCCCCUUCCUGCAGAAGCAGCUCACCCAGCCUGGAGCCAGCAGAGAGCCAGCUGAGCCAUGUCAAGCUGCCUCAAGGCCCAUGGCAGGUCUCCAUGAGCAGCCAGCAGCCAGCACCCCUUUCGGUCCAGUGCAGACAGAAGAGGAGUCCCUGUAUGAGGAGGCCCCGGAGCAGGACACCCUGUACGAGGAGCCCCUGAUGGUGCAGCAGCAAGAUGCCAGCUCUGAGCAUGCCAGCUGCUACCCAGGGCUGAGCAGGAAGGGGCUCUGUGCCCGGGCCCUGUAUGACUACCAGGCAGCUGACGAGACCGAAAUCUCCUUUGACCCUGAGAACCUCAUCACGGGCAUCGAGGUGAUCGAUGAAGGCUGGUGGCGGGGCUAUGGUCCUGAUGGCCACUUCGGCAUGUUUCCUGCCAACUACGUGGAGCUCAUUGAGUGAGGACCCUCCACUGCUGGCCAGGGCCAAGGGCCAUCCUUCCCUUCCCCACCCAGACAUGGUUCUCUUACUGCUGGAAGUGGUGGCGUGAGAGUUGCAUGCACCGUCUUCCUAUGGGACAAGCCUGCUGCCUCUCUCUGGCUUGGGUGGCUCAGUCUUUUUCACCUCAAAUUUGGCAAUAACUUGGUGAUUCCCAUAUAUACUUCUAGCAGCUCCCCAGGCCCUCCCAACCAGCUUGGCCCUGGGCCCCAUGGAGGACAUUGAGCCCCACAGUGGCCAGCCCCAUGCUGACUGUGGCCUGAUGACCCCACUGCCAAGCUGGGGGUUUAAGCAGGUGCAAAGACCUCCAUGAGGCCCCCUUCUCCCCUUGCCUUUCUUCCUCUUCUUGGCUCUAAGGGUGGUGGCUGCAGCUGUUAGUGACCCUUGGGAGCAGUGAACCUAGGUGAUGACCAGAGUCAGGGUGGAUCGCGACAGUUCUGGCAGCAGCUCGUCUUUGGAGAUCCUGCUCUGAGCGUCCUGCACCUCUGUCACUCUGCCUGGGCUGAGGGCAGUGGGGACAGGCCAUGCCCCAUCUGAGUAUGUGAAGGGGGCACAGAGACACGAGUCCUUCCUGGGGCCAGUCCUGUCUGCUGGCCCGGUGUGUGCCUCAGCCAAUUCCAGUUCAAGAACAGUACCAGUGGCCUCUACCAUCAUCCCUUCCUUCUGCCCCAGCCCAUCUAUGUCUGCUUUAGGGGUGAGGAUUGCCCCGCACAGGCCCCACCCAGCUCUGAUCACCUUGUCAUCAUCUGAAUGCCCCUGUGUGGAAACAAACCCCUUCCUGGCUGGCUGCCACGUGCACCCACAGGUGCACCCGCAGGCCUCAGGCUGUCAGACCCUGGGGGAGGCAUAAAUGUUAAGAUGUGA